AUGGGAUACGCACAUAACGACAAAAGUAGAAAUAGAAACGUGAGCGGCUCGAACGUUGGACAUUAUUUAAAAGCAAAGGGUCCCCAAAAGAAUUGCAAAGAAAGUAAACCAAUCGAAUUGUAUGGUCAAAAUGUGCCUUAUGGCAGGAUUUUCCACGCACAUAACGAUGUUCUGCUUGGAGGACAAGACAUGGGGCAUUUAUACAGAAGGAGGGACAAGAGGACAAACAAUACUUACAAUUAUUGUAGAGAGGAUGGCACAAGGGGGAAUGUUGAAGAGGUUACUUACGUGUUUUACGAGCCACUCAGAUAUCCCGCCUUUAAGAUGGCGGAUAGGCGCAGUUGGGGAGGCGCCGAAAAUGGUGAUAUGCAGAAAGACGCCGAAAAAAGGAACCGACGUGACACAUCCAAGGAGGAUAAAGUAGUACCCGCCGUGGAUGGCCAAAAUCGAGAGAGCCCUGGAGGAGCUAAGGAGGUGACUAUCACCACUGCGAACUUAACCCGUGUAGGGAAGACGAAGAAGGCAGGGGAAUGCAACUCGGGGGUGGUGGAGGUGAAUAGAGAGAGGAGUAGCGAUAAUCGGGGGAUGAAUAAACAGAAGAGUAGAGACAACGUGGAAGUAAAGAAUAAUCCUCACAGUGGGGAUGAAACCGAUCACGUGGAGAACCUUCCCCCUCAGGGGAAACUUCAAAGAGAAGAAAAGCAAGCAGAUAGCAAAAUGAAGCACUACUUGUAUAGAGACUCCAAAGUGGAGCCGAGAAUGAACUCAGUGACCCCUACCGGGGAGUGUAACCUUUCCCUGAGUAAAUGGAAAAGAGAAAAAAAUAACUUCUUCAUCCCAAUAACGUCGCCAAGACUAAGUAGACACCCAAAAGAAAUUACAAACGAAGUGAAAUUCAUUCUCCACAUGACAAUCUUAACUCUGUACAGAGACCAGAUCAAGCCUACCUACAAGAAGAUUAGACAACGGCUGGGAAGCUUCCAUCAGAAUGUGGAACUGAAAAACAGUUUUUUAGAAAUAUGCUUGUCUUUGCAAAAUGAGUACCUUGUCGUUAAGUCCAAGAAGAAUAAUAUCUUCGUCCUGUUGAGGGAGACUCCCAAAUGGUUUAGUGGCUGGAUUAAGACACGAAGUUUUGCUAACCCAUAUCCUGAGACGAUGUGGAGGAAGUUCGCCCGUCAUCUUUUGCAAGCGUGCAGGGCCGGAGCGGGGGGGGAGUCUCCUUCCCCUCAGAGUCAGCUGGCGGUACAGUUUGCUAAGCAUUUGUGGAGGAAGGGGCACUUAUUUUUCCAAAGUUCGGACACUCUGGAGGGGGUGCUCCGUUUCUUCGGACAGGAUGGCCCGUUUGGACAAGAAGCCGCCUCGUAUGAUGCGUUUGGACAUAGGGCUAUUCCACCCGGUACUGCCCCACAUGGUGAACAUGCUGGAAGCCCCAUGAGAUUGUUCAUCUUCAAUUUCCUCCACGACAGCUUCUCCUACUUCUCGCGUGUAAAUGACUCUGUAGUUCGGCUAGUCGAGAGCUCUCUCGUCGAUCUGUAUCGGUCCAUUUUGGGCGACGAGGAGGACAAGGCGGGGAGCGGUCAAGCGGCAAUCAGUCAAGCGACAAUCGGUCACGCGGCAAUCGCGUCGGAACCCCCCUGGAAACUAGACAGCGACAUAUACAAAGCGGCGGAGGGACUGAAGAAGAGAGGCCUCCCUUUCCUCAGCCACUAUUCUGUAGGAAAAAUAGCACAUAUCGUUCAGCUCGGCUUGUACAGUGGGCUGCUGCACGAAGAGGGUCAGGCGAUCAAGCCGGCCUGCUGCUGCAAGGGGGUGGCCGCGUCGGUCUGGGGUGGCGCAACAGUUGGCGCGGACGUUGGCACAGGAGUUGGCGACAAAAUGGACAGGAAAAUUAGCAGCCAGGUUAGCAGCAACGCUAGCAGCGAAGAGAGCGCCGAAGUGAGCGGCCAAGUGGACAGCCCCCCCUGGAGUGGCCUCCUAACCGAGGAACCCCCCCACAAGCUCAACUUCCGCUGCGCCGAACGGCAGGGGCCCGCGAGGGAAGAGACAAAGGGGGGAGAGAUCGAGGAGGCGCCCUUUAUACGAAUGGUCAAAAGGCACAUGGAAGGGGAAGACUCUAAUGCGAUUUGCAGCGACGCUGAUGCGGUUUACAGUGACAGCUCUUUACCCUGCCGCGAUGCUUAUACGCCGCUUCAAAACGGGGGAGGAAGUUCCAACGCGGAAAAGUGCGAUAGAGUCCCCCUAGUGCCAACCGCCGAGGAUGCUAAAGUGAAAAUCGAUCAGCUCCUAAAAGGAAGUAGAGAAAAAAUCGUCUUCUUCUGCUCCUUUAAGGAUAAAUUUUUUAAAAAGUUUCAGGAGGUGUUAAAUCCUAUCCACUUUGGCUGCCGAAGUUUAAUUGAGUUUCUUUUUUUCCACUGCCAAGAGGUGUGUAAGCUAUUUCUUCUAAAUAGAAAUGUCAUUUUAGUGCACCCCAGUUGUGAUGAGGAGUCUGUAAUGGAUAUUGUGACACAGGACGAGGAGGAUCGGGAGGGAGAUGGCGAUGCGGAUGAAAAUAUAAUUGAGCAGUUUAAUUACGCGGAGUACGUCUCCAGUGUGACUUCUGCUCAAAAGAGAAGUCAGACUCAACAGGGGAACCUCCAAAUCUGCACCGUGUUGAAGAACCUGGGGCAGAGGAAGAAGGAAAAUUUUUUUAUUACCUUCUCCUUUUGGAAAUGUGUAACGGGAAAGGGGAAGAUGUCCACGCGGUGA